CAAUUAUGAAAUGCUUGAAAAGGCGGCGAAAAUGAAGCACCGCAUUUGGCGCGCAGUGGAGCGACAAUUGGCGAUGGAGCCAGCCAAGCGACACCCGAUGAUUCAGUCGACACUGAAAGCUGCCACAUGGGUAUAUGCACACGUCAGUUCGCAGAAGCGGUUGCGGCAGUUGGCUCGCCGACGAACGCUGCCAGUGCCGACGAUUAGUUUUGGCAACGUCACUUGGGGAGGCACUGGCAAGACCCCUUGCUUGCACCACGUAGCUCGCAUGAUCAACUCCAACGGUCACACGCUUCUUCUUGUCUCUCGCGGCUAUGGCGAUGACGAAUGGAAGAUGUUUGCAGCCGAAUUUCCGCACAGUCUGCUCGCGAUUGGCAAGCAUCGCUACUGGAACGCCAUGGCCCAGUUGACUAGCCUCAGCAGCCCAGGGAGAUUUGAAGUGUACAUGCGAAACGCUGUUAACCAUCAAUCCAUGGAGUCCAGGACUCCAGACGAAGCUACCAACACGAACGACAUGUCCGAUUCUUCCCAUCCACAUGUGGUAGCUUUGCUUGACGACGGGUUGCAGCAAUGGGGGCUGAAGAAAGACUUGGAGAUUGUCAUGGUGGACUGCUACAACCCGUUUGGCAACGGCCACCUCAUCCCGUCCGGUCGGUUGCGCGAGCUGCCCGAAGUGGCCCUCCCCGCUGCCGACAUUGUCGUGCUGCAUCAUGCCAGUCAUUUAGAAGGGCCAGCUCUCAUGCAGCUUGAGUCUGCCAUUCAAUCCAUGGCUCGACCUGACACGAUCGUCGCACACUCUCGCAUGCGACUCACAAGUCUCCCUCUGGCCAAACAGUUGCACCAACACUUGCAUUCCCGGCACCAGCUCAAGCUUACGUUGCCCAGCAACGCCCCCAGCAACGAGUUGGUCGUGGGAUUGUGUGGGAUUGGAUGCCCCCAGUCGUUUCGCGAUACCCUCCGACAAGCCUUCCCCCACCGCAACGUCCAAAUGCAUGCCUUUCCAGACCAUCAUGCGUACACCGCAGCCGACUUGACGCCGAUUGUCGACGCCGUGCGCAACUCUGGGCGUCCGGUGGUCGUAGUCACGACAGAGAAGGACUACUUCCGGGCGAAGGACCUCCUGGACGACCACCUCCCGAGCCUCCGCGUGGCGCUGUGCGAGCUGGAGUUUAUUCGUGGCGGAGAGUUGAUCAAACAACGAGUGGAUCGCUUGUUAAAGGACGACUAACGACAUGGACAAUUCAUACGCAAA